AUGUCCACUCCAACGAACCAACAAACCCUUACAGAAAUGCUCUCCCAUAGCCAACAAGCGCCUCAUCCAAAAAGACAACUCGAACACCAAGUGGGAGAACAUGCCAACGACCUUCAUCAGACGGACGAUGACUCAUGUUGGGAAGACGAGCAAGAAGAUGCAACAACUAUCAAGAAGAAGAUUCCAGUGACUCUAUUGAGUGGCUUCCUUGGAGCAGGUAAAACCACUCUCUUGAAACACAUCCUCAAGAAUCGAGAAAAUCUUAAAGUAGCUGUUAUUGUUAAUGAUAUGGCUGAAUUGAAUAUUGACAAUGCACUCAUUGAAAAGUCUGGAGUGAAACUCAAACAAUCUGAAGAGAAACUUGUCUCGAUGCAAAACGGUUGCAUUUGUUGUACAUUGAGAGAGGAUCUUCUCAUGGAAUUGUACGAAUUGGCUCAAGAAGGUCGUUUCGAUUAUUGUGUCAUUGAAUCGACUGGUAUUGGUGAGCCAAUGCAAGUUGCUGAAACAUUCACAUUUGAUGUUGAAUUUGAAAUGGUCGACUCGGAUGAAGAAGAAGCAACUUCCAAACAACAAAACAAAAAACGAAAAUCAUCCAAGAAGAACAAUCACCAAACUGUCUCAAAGAAAAAGCAAACCAUGAUUCUGUCUGACUUUGCUCAGUUAGAUACAUGUGUAACGGUCGUGGAUGCUUGCUCGUUCUUCCAUGAUUUGAGUUCGAUUGAAACGUUUGCUGAGAGAUUUGGUAAAACCAAAGAUGAAAGUAAGGCCACCAACGACAACAAUAAUAAUAAGGACUCUCCCAAGGAUGAGAAAGAAGAAGACGCCACCUCCGAAUAUGAAAAGAACAUUGCCAAUCUCUUAAUUGAUCAAAUUGAGUUUGCUAAUGUCAUUCUUCUCAAUAAGAUUGAUUUGGUCCAAACUGACGAAUUGAAACAAAUUCGUGCCUUCAUCCAUAAAUUGAAUCCUGAAGCGGUCAUUCAUGAAACUCAAAAUUCACAAGUCGAACUCUCUCAAGUACUCCAUACAGGUUUGUUUGAUUUUGAAAAGGCAGCUUGCAAUUCAGGUUGGUUGAAAGAAUUGAGAGGUUCUCAUCAACCAGAAACACUCGAGUAUGGAAUUUCCUCAUUUGUGUAUCGAAGAAGAAGACCUUUCCAUACUGAAAAGUUGUAUGACUUGUUCUAUCGUGAAAAGUAUUUACAGCAAGUGGCCCUUCGUUCGAAAGGAUAUGCAUGGCUCUGUACUCGAAAUGAUUACUGUGGAGAUUGGGAACAAGCAGGUCAUCAAAUUACCAUUCACGACGGAGGAAAGUUCUUUGUCGCUCUUGGUGAAGACGUAUGUAUAGAAUUGUACGGAAAGGAAAUUGUCGAGAAGGCCAUUAAGAAUGAUUUCUAUCAGGGCAAGGAUGAAGACUCGAGCUCGGACAUGGUCAUUGGUGAUCGUCGGCAAGAAAUUGUCAUUAUUGGUCAAAAUUUGAAUAUUGAGGAAAUUUGCAACAAGUUGGAUCAAGCUCUGAUUACUGAGGAAGAAUUUUCAAAGGGACCUCAAUACUAUUCCACACUGUGUAAGGAUGAGUUUGAGCCGUUUACAAGCUUUUUAGAUGUUGAUCCAAACAUGGAAUGGGAGACAGAUGAUGACGAGGAAUAA